GCCGCUGCUGCUGCUGCCGCUUCUCCUCCUCCUGCCGGGCGGCGGCCGCGCGUUGGAAGAAACACUGAUGGAUACGAAGUGGGUGACGUCUGAGUUGGCAUGGACAGCUCAUCCAGAGACUGGGUGGGAAGAAGUCAGUGGCUAUGAUGAAGCCAUGAACCCCAUCCGGACGUAUCAGGUCUGCAACGUUCAGGAAAUGAACCAGAACAAUUGGCUGAGGACCCAGUUCAUCCAGCGCCGGGACGUCCAGCGUGUUUACGUGGAGCUGAAAUUCACGGUGCGCGACUGCAACAGCAUCCCCAAUAUCCCAGGCUCUUGCAAAGAGACCUUCAACCUCUUCUAUUACGAGUCGGAUACAGACUCCGCCUCUGCCUCCAGCCCCUUCUGGAUGGAAAACCCUUACAUCAAAGUGGAUACAAUUGCUCCCGAUGAGAGUUUCUCAAAGCUGGAAUCUGGCCGGAUGAACACCAAGGUGCGCAGUUUUGGGCCCCUUUCCAAGAAUGGUUUCUACCUGGCCUUCCAGGACCUGGGGGCUUGCAUGUCGCUCAUCUCAGUCCGUGCCUUCUACAAGAAGUGUUCUAGCACCAUCGCUGGCUUUGCCAUUUUCCCUGAGACCUUGACUGGGGCAGAACCAACCUCCUUGGUGAUUGCUCCAGGGACCUGCAUCCCCAAUGCGGUGGAAGUAUCUGUGCCCUUAAAGCUCUACUGUAACGGCGAUGGGGAAUGGAUGGUACCAGUGGGAGCUUGCACCUGUGCUUCUGGGUACGAGCCGGCCAUGAAGGAGACUCAGUGCCAAGCCUGUGGUCCCGGCCACUUCAAAUCAAAACAAGGGGAAGGUGUGUGCUCCCCCUGCCCAACCAACAGCCGGACCAGCUCUGGGGCAGCCACCCUCUGCACAUGCCGGAACAACUAUUUCCGGGCGGACACCGAUCCCCCCGACAGCUCCUGCACCAGUGUCCCCACGGCCCCCCGCAGUGUGAUUUCUAACGUGAACGAGACGUCGCUGGUGCUGGAAUGGGGUGAACCGCGGGACUCGGGCGGCCGGGACGACUUGCUCUACAACGUCAUCUGCAAGAAGUGCAGCGUGGAGCGCCGGCUGUGCAUGCGCUGCGACGACAACGUGGAGUUUGUCCCCCGCCAGCUGGGCCUGACCGAGAGGCACAUCUACAUCAGCAACCUCAUGGCCCACACUCAGUACACCUUUGAGAUCCAGGCCGUGAACGGCGUUUCUAGCAAGAGCCCCCAUAACCCCCAGUUUGCUUCGGUCAACAUCACCACCAACCAGGCAGCUCCCUCGGCAGUUCCCACAAUGCACCUGCACGGCAGCACAGGAAGCAGCAUGACUCUUUCUUGGGAGCCACCCAAGCAGCCCAAUGGGAUCAUCCUGGACUAUGAGAUCAAGUACUUUGAGAAGCAGGGGCAGAGCGACGGCAUCGCCAACACCGUCACCAGCCAGAAGAACAUGGUGCGCUUGGAAGGCUUGAAGCCCAACUCCGCCUACACGGUGCAGGUCCGGGCACGCACAGUGGCCGGCUAUGGCCAGUACAGCUUCCCAAUGGAGUUUCGGACGCCGGUGGAGGAUGGCUCCAGUAGCAAGAGCUUCCAGGAGCUGCCUCUGAUCGUGGGCUCGGCUACCGCAGGCCUCGUCUUCGUGAUAGCUGUGGUGGUGAUUGCCAUCGUCUGCUUCAGGAAGCAACAAAACAGCACAGACUCAGAAUAUACAGAGAAGCUGCAGCAGUACAUCACUCCAGGGAUGAAGGUUUAUAUUGACCCUUUCACUUACGAGGACCCCAACGAAGCUGUCCGGGAGUUCGCCAAGGAAAUUGACAUUUCCUGUGUGAAAAUCGAGGAGGUGAUUGGAGCAGGUGAAUUUGGAGAAGUGUGCCGGGGCCGUCUCAAGCUGCCAGGCAGGCGGGAGAUCUUUGUGGCCAUCAAAACCCUGAAAGUGGGCUACACGGAGCGACAAAGGCGGGACUUCCUGAGCGAGGCCAGCAUCAUGGGGCAGUUCGACCAUCCCAACAUCAUACACCUGGAGGGCGUGGUCACCAAGAGCCGGCCGGUCAUGAUUGUCACAGAGUUCAUGGAGAACUGUGCCCUCGACUCCUUCCUGCGGCUGAACGACGGGCAGUUCACGGUGAUCCAGCUGGUGGGGAUGCUGCGCGGCAUUGCAGCGGGCAUGAAGUACCUCUCGGAGAUGAACUACGUUCACCGGGACCUGGCAGCCCGCAACAUCCUAGUCAACAGCAACCUGGUGUGCAAAGUGUCGGACUUCGGGCUGUCUCGUUUCUUAGAGGACGACCCCUCAGACCCCACCUACACCAGCUCAUUGUGUAUCUUCCCCCAGGGCGGCAAGAUCCCGAUCCGGUGGACCGCUCCGGAAGCCAUCGCCUACCGCAAGUUCACGUCGGCCAGUGACGUGUGGAGCUACGGGAUUGUCAUGUGGGAGGUGAUGUCCUACGGCGAGAGGCCUUACUGGGACAUGUCCAACCAGGACGUGAUCAAUGCCGUAGAGCAGGAUUACCGCCUUCCGCCCCCUAUGGACUGCCCGACGGCACUGCACCAGCUCAUGUUGGACUGCUGGGUGCGUGACCGCAACCUCCGCCCCAAGUUUGCACAGAUCGUGAACACGCUGGACAAGCUCAUCCGCAACGCCGCCAGCCUGAAAGUCAUCGCCAGUGUGCAGUCUGGCGUUUCUCAGCCGCUUCUCGACCGCACCGUGCCGGAUUACACAACCUUCACUACUGUGGGCGACUGGCUUGACGCUAUCAAAAUGGGACGAUACAAGGAGAAUUUUGUCAACGCCGGCUUCGCCUCCUUCGACCUGGUGGCCCAGAUGACAGCGGAGGACCUGCUCAGGAUAGGGGUGACGCUAGCAGGACACCAGAAGAAGAUUCUGAGCAGCAUACAGGACAUGAGGUUACAAAUGAACCAGACACUGCCGGUUCAGGUUUGACCGCUGAGGACUCUGAGUUUGGAACGGACCCAACGGGGGAGUCUCCCUAGGAUUCUAGUUUGUGGUGCUGCCCAGCUUCCUGAGUUUGGGGAGGGGGGCCUUCUCCCUCCUCCCCCCACCCCCUUAUCUUCACGUGGAGCUUCUUGCCUUGUCAACAGACGUAUGGUGGAACGGACUAGGAUGAGCCUAGCUAGAUUAACGGCACUCGGGGGUCGGGCCCCCCGAGAAAGAACCCCGCCUCUCCCCUUUUGCUGUUGCGCACUCGGAAUUGUGUGCCAGCAACGCAGAGUCUUCAUAUUGAAGACAGAUUAUGGAGUUGGGGGAAGCACUAGGCCUCUCCCGGCCCUUUGCUCCCUCCGCUCUUCCUGACGUUCACUGUCUCCAUCUCCCUCCAAUGGCGCCGGCGGCCUUCAGCCCUUCUGCCUCUUCAGGUUCCUCUAACUCGGUGCCCGCCGGAAGUGGUGCCCGCCGGAAGCACACUCCUCCGCCUCUAUCCAUGCCAAGAGGAAAAGGGAUCCCAAGCCCACGAAUGAAGGAACCUGCUAGAGCUUCCCCUAGCCAGGAGAAUCCGGCGGGAAGCUUCCCCCGCGUGGCCUGAGACGAUGUGCCGAGCCCAGCUUCUCCCGGGCAGCCCCGGGAGAAACGUCUGCAGGGGGGGGAUCGUCUUCGCUCCGGUCGGGCCCAGCAUUUGGGGGACUACAAAGCUGGUGCCAGCUUCUCUGCGGGGGCACUGGGCCUGCCGGCUCUGCAUCUUGCAUCCGCGGCCCCGAGGUUUCCAGAAGCCCUUCAGCGCAAGUUUGCACAGAGAUCACACGGACGGACGGACGUUCAGGGCAGCCUGUCUGCCCGCCCGGCGGGAUUCGAGAGAGGGAAGGCGGAGCGGAGCGGCGGAGCGCCACAAGCUGCCUUCUGCCCCACCUCAUGUUUUAUGCAGGAAGGCGCAGGCUCUGUCAGCCGCACGCCCAGCUCUGCGGAUCCGUGGGUUGACACACGCUGUGAUUGCUGCCAAAAAGACUGGAACACUUCUCUUCUUCUUCAUCAUCCUCUUUUUUUUUUCUUUUCUUUCUUUUUUUGGUUUUUUGGUUUUAUUUUAUUUUUAUUUUUGCUUUCUCUCCGAAAGCUUCUGCAGCCCUGAGCCGAGGGAGCAGGAGGGUCCCUCGCAGGGCGGGCGAGCAGCUUGCAUGUGUAAGAGUGCGUGUACCGGGCCGUCUGAACCGUGCAAGAGGGCAUGGGCAGAAUAAAGACAAUAACCAUU